AUUUUUUUUACUCUAAGAAUAAAUAAGAUUUUGAAUCUUCCACAAAUUUCUCUCUUUCUUUGUUCUUUGUUCAAAUGUAGUAACGAUUGAAUUGAGGAGGAAAAAGAAGAUUUUAAUUGCUUAAAAACUCUUUGUUUUUUUUUUUUAAAAUUGGAGUUAAGUUUGACAGACGGUUGUGCGUGGAUUCGGAGUGCAACCUAAGUCCGAUGGCUACAACUUUCAGUCCAGGUCGGAGCCUGGGGGUUCGAGGCUUCAGUUAGGAGCAGGCAGUGGAGUGUCGAGGCUUAGAUCUUCGUCGCUUAAGAAGCCACCAGAGCCGUUGCGUCGUGCUGUGGCAGAUUGUCUUUCGUCUUCUUCGCUUGCAGCGAUGGCUGGAGGAGUUAGCUCGCAUCACCAAGGGGGUCCUUUGAUUUUAACUGAAGCUUCAAGGACGCUUUGGGUAUACAAUGGUGAAAGACAAAGCCAAAAAGAAGCACAUCCCGCCAACAGUGAGAUAAGCAAUGCCAAGGAAGUCGUUUUUUCCACCAAGCCAGCUAGUAGUUGAAAGCACUAGUUUUUUCUUGCCAUUGAAACUAUUUGAAGAUGAAAGCUUACCGGGAUAGAUGGAUCAAGUGUUGCACCACCUUCAAGGACGCUUAGGGUUCGUAAUUUUGGUGGGAUUUAAUUUUUGUUUUAACAGUGCUUACAAGUAUAAGGCUAUUGCUCAGCGAACCAAAUCCUGAUGAUGGCCUAAUGUGUGAAGCAGUAAGUAGAAUUUCACUCAAGAUAAAUUGAUUUUCUUUUCUUUUCUAUGUUUUACCUUUGCUUUUGAUAUGUUGAUGAAUCUACAGAGGAUAUCCUGUGUAUCGACUGGUUGAAUCUACAGCUAAGCACCAGACUGGUUGAACCGAUGGUUUACAUUUGUGGAGGUUGCUUUAGUUGCAACUAUUGAUGGGAAAAAUUGUGUCUAUUUGUUAACUCAAGUUAUCAUUAAAGGACAGAAUUUGUCUACUUGUUGAGGCAUAUCCUUCUUUUAUAAUUUAACCAACAAAAUAAUAGACUGGUUUGUAGGUCUCUUAGUUUAAGCACUUGUGGUUAUUUGAUGGUAAUUUUUGGCAUCCUAUUGUCAUAGAGCUAAUGCUUUUAAAAUGUGAAGAUUUGAUAUCUCAAAUGAAAGUUGUCUAGCUAUAUACCAUUUGCAUGUUAUAUUAAAGAACCUGUCUUCACUAAGCUUUGCAGUUUUCUCUCUGUUGAUAUUUGGAUCACCGCAUUUUAAUCAUUGGUUAAAGAUUUUUAUUUUCUUGUGCAGCAAGUGAUGUAGCCGGAGAAGUCGUAAAGGUUGGACCAGGAGUCACAAAUUACAAAUUUGGGGAUAAAGUUGUAUCUCUUCUUGAUCAUUUGACAAUGCGCCAAAGGCCAUGAAGGAACAGAAAUUAGAGAGCUAUUUCGGCUGCAAGAUUGCCAUCAACACCAGCAUGAGCAUUUACCGAUUUCUCAUUGUGGUGGGUCGUAUGGGGACUGAAAUGCUCACCAAUGAAGCCGGUGAAGUUACCAGAAACUUCUUACGUGCCAAACAUACACGGAUAAAGAAGGUAUCAGGCAGCAGCAGUUGUUGGCAUUUAUCCCAAGACAUCACAAGCACUACAUUUUACCGAAUUUUUUCAGCAAGAAGGUACAUUUUAGUCCCCAAUUACAGACAGAUCCUAGGAAAAAUUAUCUCCAUGCUAAAUCUCGUCUUCAGCCUUCAGGAUUCACAUUCAAGGAGCAAGAAACAUCUCAGAAACUCAUUGGGAUCAAGCAGUCAAAAUUCAGAAUCAAGUGACAAACAAGAGCUAGAUUUGGAGUUUAGACUGUCACUGUAAUCAAUAAAUUUUUUUGCUACUUUAAAUGCAUGCUCAUGGAACUACAUUUUAUGCUUUUCGAGAAUUGUGAGUUCAAAUAAGGUGUUGAUCUGUAAUUCAUACAACUUGAGCAAGUUGAUAUGAACUAGUUUGAAUUUUUUUUUUAAAUUUCAAAGGAAUCUUAUGUAAUCAAAGGCAAUUUGACUUCCUGCAUAAGAUAUGGUGAAAAACAUUGAUCUUCUUGUU